AUGGCUUCUAUGUCACCUCUCAACACCACUUUCGGUGCUUCGGGGCCAUCCUCCAACGAUGGUAGCGUGUCCCCUCAGCAGACAGUGACUCCCAAGACCGUCGCAUUCGAGCUUACAAUCGCCGAUUCACCCGAAUAUCGAGCGCGUUUGCCGAUGCGAGUCAAGAUAUAUCCUCACGAUACCACCGACUCGAUUGUCACUACCGUAAAGAACUUUUAUGGUCUGUACUCGGGUCCCACCGGAUCAAAGGGUGUCAGCUUUGAGGACUACGAGGGAAACACUUUGAUUGCCCGUUACGAGAACUUUCAAGACCGCAUGGUAGUAUACGUCAGAGUGAUAGAAGAGGCUCCGGCGAACCCAUCCGCAUAUGCUCCUCGCCCUUAUCAUGACCCUUCUAUGAGCGGUCACCCUUAUUACAAUGACAAUGCCUAUCCUGCUCCCCAAGCCUCGCAUUUUGCACAGGAAAUGUCUAGACCCAAUUCUCGGUCCUCGCGGCGGCGAAGCCCCUCUCCCAAUACUGCUGCUGCUCGUGGCAGAAGAAGUGCUUCUGCCAGCACAAAUGGUAAGAAGGGACGUUCACGCUCGUCCAAAACCCGAGCUUCAGCUUCUCGGAGCCAUACCGAACUAUAUAGCGACAGCAUAAACGGCUACAGCAGCAACGACGAACAUGGCUCAGCCUCCGGAAAGAACAAGGACCAGAUUCCUAAUCCAGAUAUCAGCAUGGAUAAUAUAGUUGAAGGUGGUCGUCGCAAGAGAGCCAAGUUUGAAAGCUCGGAAUUGCCCCUGUUCGCACCCCCUCAGAUGCCGGCAGCAACUUCGAACCCUUCCGUGUCUCCCGCUCGCCGUGCUGAACCUCAUCGCCCUGCGAUGCCCUUUGUGCAGCCUCAUCAAAACCCUUUUACGAACCCCCCUCGCCCCAUGCAAUCGCCGCAAGGCUAUGGCAGUGGUAUCACACAUCCAAGUCUUUACUCAACACCGGGACCUGACGCUCGUCGCAACCGAAAUAGUGGCGGAUAUGCUAGCAGCGCAAUGGGAAUUCUUCCUACACCCGACCCUACUGUGGGCAGCUGCGUCUCUGAAGAAGAUAAGGACGUUGCCAUUCAGCUGAUGCGACUUGGUGACAUGUCCAACAUAUCCCACGGCCGAACCUCCGCUUCUACUCUCGAUGAUACAUUCAGUGGCAGGGCUGAUGCUGCUUCCUCAACCGGUGCUACCAGUGAUGGCGACAGUGAGAGUGAAGCAGAACUACCUCCACCUCGUCGCCAGAAACUUGAUAUGGCUGGUGUCGUCGGAAAUGUCUAUCAGACCACUGAGUCACAUUUCAUGCCGCCUCCUGAGAGCGCCGAAGUCAGUGGCGACGAUGCUGACUACGAGGACGGAGCUGACGAUUCUCUUCUCUCCAAUGGUAAGAGCAAGCCUGCCAAGACCAUGAAAGCACCUCCCAAGCACAAGAGCUCGGCCUCGGUUUCGAAGACAUCUUCAAAUAAAACCUCUAAGAACGCUCGCCCCAUCAAUGGCACCAAGAGCAAGAAGUUGCCCCCUGUGCCUAGUGGGCCGAUGUCACCCGCCUCGAUGCCCCCUUCACGCAAGCAGUCAGUGGCUUCCACUGGGCAGACCCCCCUUGCCCCCGGCGAAGAUGACCAGCCCGACCUGUCUACCAAGCCGCGAUGCCAGCGCUGCAGGAAGAGCAAGAAGGGCUGUGAUCGCCAACGACCUUGCGGGCGUUGUCGCGAUGCUGGCUUGACCGCCGAUCAAUGCAUUAGCGAGGACGAGGGCAACGGCCGAAAGGGUCGAUAUGGUCGACAUAUGGGAGUGCCCAUCACUAAAGAUGAGGUUCCUGCCGUUGCUCAGCCUGCGCUGUUACCUGCUGCGCCCAUCGCUGCAGCAGCCAUGACAGGUGAUAAGUCCAAGAAGCGCAAGCGGUAG